AUGUCGUCCGCGCCGCCUGCCCACCUGUCCAAAUCUUCCCACAACCGCCGCCAGCACCACAACCCCGGACCGAGGCCGCAGCAGCCGGCGCAGCAGCGCUACGUCCCCAAAUCCGCCGCCCCCGCGGCGCCAAAACCCUCGCCCCCGUCCCAGCCAUCGCUCACCACCGCGCUCCGAUCAUCGGCCGCCUCGUCCUCCGCGUCCGGCUCAGGCGGGAGCUCCAGCGGUAGCGUAGGUGGCGGGGCGGCUGAUGCAUUCGUCGCGUACCUGCCGCAUGACGAGGCGGUCGCGGCGGGUCUCGGCGGCCUCGACGCACAUGAGUCGCAGGUCGUCGUCGACCUCCUGAACGACUCACUGGCCGCGCUCCUCCGGGCCAAGCCUCGCGAGUUCUGGCUCCAGGUGGCACAGAACACUUCUCUGCAUGAAUUCCUUGAUAGUUAUCUACAAUUCAGGCACAGGUGGUAUGAUUUGCCACACCGAGGCCCAAGGGGGACUGUAGCAGGUUUGGUUGUUGGGGAGCUUGAGCUUUGCCGCCGUGUAUUUAUGGUCCUCUACCGCAUAUCCUCAAAUAAGGAUCCCGGAGCAGGUCGUGGUGAGUCCCUUAGCAUGAAGGAGCAUGCAGCCCUUCUGCUGGAGAAAAAAAUGCUUGAUCUGCCAAAAUUGUUGGACAUAUGUGCUAUAUAUGAGCAUGACAACAGCAAGUUAACAAGUUCACUGGUUACGAAUGUUAUUAAUGUGCAGCCAAAUGUCCUGGAUGGCAUUAAUAUUGUCAUUCCCCAGUUCUUGAACAUUUUCCACACGAUGCAUGAUAGGUGCAUGACAUCUUUACAGGUGCUCACUUCAACCGGAUCAAUUGAUAAUGGAUAUGUUCAGCUUCAGAAAGAUUUCUUGGAGGUGUUAGAUUUUAUAAACGAUGCAAUUGUUACUCUGGAUUCAUUUGUUGGUGCUUAUCAACCUGCCGCUUUAUUGUUCUGUACUAAUUUUGAAAUGAGCUAUGGAGUUGAGGAAUUGCUGAAUGCCCUUGCAAGGUUGUAUGAUUCAUUGUUACCAUCAUUGUUCCAGGGGUUUAAAGUUAUGCCCAAGUCCCAGAUCAAUGCAGAGGCAUCACUUGACAGCACACUUAGUGACAUUCCUCUUGGUAUAAGGAUGUUGUCAAAGAGAACAGUGAGAUUCGGUUGGAGAUUGUUGCACUACUGCUAUUUGAAUGAUCAAGUUAGGGAGCAUGAUGCUCCAACUUCUACUAAGAUGUUUCCAGCUAAAGUCGAAGACCCUAUGAUCAGGGGAGACAUCUUGGUUCAAACACUCAAAGAUAUAAAUAGAGAAGCCACUUACUCUUCUCAAGUGAAGCAUGGAAAUACUUUCCUCCAAGCACUUGAAAGGGAAUUUCAAUUAAUGAGCCAGAUUGGCGAUAUUCGGAACAAAGGAUGGAUAUACAUGGAUGAUGAGCAGUUCCAGUUCUUAUCACAUUUGUGUGGAUCUACUCACACUUCUUGGAAUGGCAUACCUGAUUUGCCAGUCUCUUCUCAUCAUGGUGGUGAAUUACAACAGAAGGAUGAGGAAACGGCGAUGGUUGAGUCCAAGAUUAGUCAGAUAAAGGACCUUUUUCCUGAUUAUGGGAAGGGUUUCCUUUCUGCCUGCCUGGAAGCCUACAACCUGAACCCUGAGGAAGUUAUCCAGAGGAUAUUAGAAGGAACACUUCAUCAAGAUCUUCUAGCUUUGGAUACUUCAUUAGAAGAGAUGCCACAGAAAAAACUUGCACCAACUGCUGUGAAAGAUAAAGGGAAGGGCAUAUUGGUGGAAACUGCACCUCAAAUUACAAAGAAACCCCAUAAAGUUGCUGAGACACAUUAUGUUGUUCAAGAUGGCCCAUCUUCAGCAACUUCAUCGGCAUCACAAGGUCCAUCUUCUGCAAUUUUAUCAGCAUCCCAGGGAUCAUCUUCUGCAAUUUCACCAGCACCCCUCGGGCCAUCUUCUGCAAUUUCAUCAGCAUCUCUGGGCCCAUCCUCAUCCGUAUCAUCUGUCCCAAAAGGUAGAUUUACAAGGAAGGCUAAUGAUGAUUUGCCAGACACUGCAAUCCUGGACUCGAAAAAUGCUAAAGAUGCAGCUAGAUCUGUUAUCCUUGGCUCACAGUAUGAGUAUGAAGAUGAGUAUGAUGAUUCAUUUGAUGAUCUUGGCUUCAGUGUGGUAGAGUCAAGUUAUGAGGAAACUGAUGGUGCCAAUGAUGCUGAGGCUUCAUCAGAUGGCCCAAGAUGGAGUUCACAGAAGAAACCACAGUUUUAUGUCAAGGAUGGGAAGAAUUAUAGCUACAAGGUUGCUGGUUCAGUUGCUGUAAACAGUGCUCGAGAAGCAGCUAUCAUGAGGCAAACUCAGAAAGAUACAAUCUAUGGUCUGGGUCGUGGUGGAAAUUUUUCUUUUGGUGUCUCGAACAGGCAACAUAUAGAUGUGGAGGAAGAGGAAGUUGGUGAUGCUGACAACUCAGGCAGAGGUUCAAAUUCCCGUGGCCGAGGAAGAAAAGGUGGCAGGGAAGGCAACCGUCCAGAGGAAAAUGAGAGCUCCAAUGGACGAGGCUCUGGCUUUGGUGGUAGAAGAGGAGGCUGGAAUCAGGGCAAUCCGGCUGAGGAAAACUGGAACCCUAAUGGUCAACAAGGUUUUGGCCGUGGUAGCAGAAGAGGGGGCUGGAAUCAGGGUGGCCCAGCGAAGGAAGACGGUAAUUCUUGUGGCAGGCAAGAAGGUUUUGGCCGUGGAGCAAGACGGGGCAGCAUGAACCAUGACCACUAUUCAGCCGAGGAUAAUGAAGGCCAUCAUGAUCCAGCACAAGGCUUUACUCGAGGACCAGCUCCUCGUGGUGGUGGCCAUGGAAGGGGAGGUGGGCGGAACCAUCACAGGAGAGAUCGGGCAAUGAAGAAGCAUAUGCAAGGAUUGACAGGGCUUUAG